UCCAGGCUUUUAAUGAAGCUGGCCCGCUGACUCGAGGAGGCUUGAAGGAGAGUCGCAGUAGUGUCACAGUGGCUGUGACUGCGCUGUGCGUUGACUGAGUGUGGGGUUACCUCGUGUGCGAAAAAAACAGGAUGGUUUCAGUGCAGACCCGCAAGGAUACCAGGACGGUGACCAUGGCCAGCUCUCCUCCCGCGUUACCGGGCUUCGGCAUAUCAGGGAAGAGCUUUCUAAUCGACCAUUUGCUUCAGUCGGCCGCCGGCCCAGAGGGCAGCAGCAGCAGCUGCAGCAGCAGUAGUAGCUCUAGAAGUGGUAGGAGUGGUAGUUGUGGAGCUGGUGGUGCCGCAGCAGGUGAGCGUUUGGGACAUGCUCUCUGCAGGUCCCCCAGGAGGAUCUGGGGCCCUCAGCACUGUCUGCAGCUCCAACAUCAGGCCCCUGGAUGGCCCUUGCAGCAGGUGAAGGACCUGGGCCGACACCUUCUACCGCAUUCAGGUGUGAUGAGCAGUGUGUUCCUGCGGGCUCCUACGCAGUAUGUGCUGGCGUGCUGCGGUGGGUCCAGCCCCCCCUCCCCGGUCUUCCCCAAGGGAACCAACAUGCCCAUGUGGUCGUCAGAAUCCAGUCCCAAGUCGCGCCGUGGGAUACUGAGAAGGGCCGUGUUCUCUGAGGAACAGCGGAAGGAGCUGGAGAGAACGUUCCGGAGGCAGAAGUACAUCAGCAAGACGGACCGGAACAAGCUAGCAGCUAGCCUCAGUCUCAAGGAGUCACAGGUGAAGAUCUGGUUUCAAAACCGGAGGAUGAAGUGGAGGAACUGCAGGGAGAAGGAGGUGCACAACAGCCGCUCCCCCAUGGAUGAGCUUAUGAGCCGGGGUCUUUCCCAGGAGGUGGAGGUCGAACCAGCACUGGAGGUCCCCGGCCCGCCAUCAGACGGACCCCAACCGCACAAGGCUGGCAGAGACACAGCCGUUAUAGUGCAUGGAAAAUCAUAUAGGGAACCGGUGACUCUGGCAGAUCGGUCAAGUCCACACUAAGGCAAAAGACUGAUGUUAAUGAUCACAAUGUGUCUAACAUUCAUUCCCUUCACUAAGUUUACUUAUCAUUAUAGUGUUUUUGUUGCAUCAUGAAUAACUAUAAGCGUUGUCGUCACGGUUGAUAGGCCCGCUGCAAUUGACUUUCAUUUUUCGAUUGCAAAUCACUUUGCGUUUCAAUAUACACGGAUGUUACACUGACAAAUCUUUCCCAGGAAGGAUUUCCUGCUUUUUCGUUGCAAUUGCAAUCAGUAAAUGGAAUUUGGAAUUUAAUACAUCAUAUUUUUUGUAUAAAUAUGUAUAUUUUUGUAAUAUGUCUUGAGCUUUACAUUAAAGCACUUCCUAUGAUGAAGAUCCUUUUCAAUCAAUUUGUACGACAAAUAGAAUACUUUGUAAGUACCUAAAGCUUACCUUUCAAUAGCUGAUAAAGGAUAGCAUGUUGUUUUAUUGUAUGUAUCAUUUACAUUUUCCUUCCCUUUCCACAAAUUCAACCUCAAAUAAUUUGGUUUAGUUUGUUUCUUAAAUCUAAUUUUAACAAAUUGUGGAAUUUUUUAAAGGAAUAUUAACUGCUUUUCCCAGCUGUGAAACCCCCCUGAUGAGAUGUUUCACCUGAAUAAACUGUUAAUGAAAUACUCCAAUUAAUCCUUCAUUAGCUUUGAAUUGCUUCAAUCAAAACGUAAAAAGUGGAGUAAUACAGUCUAUUUCACUUUUGUUAAACUGAACCGCUCAGCAACCAAUCAGAAUCAUGUUUUAAAACCUUUUAUAUUCUGUGACACAGCUACCCUCUCCACUGCCUCCAACUAUGAUUACCAUAAUAAAAACAGUGGUGGAACAUUAGGUCUGGACGAAGCCUUAAACGGUCCCAUGCAAUUAUGCAAAGCUGUCGCCCAAGUCAUGAAGUCUGAAGAGAGAAAAGAUAAAAUCCAGUAGGCCUAAAUGAUGUUAUCAGCUGCAUUAGCAAGUAACACGUGAGCUCUGUUUAGCCUAAAAGACUAUUUAAGUGUAAACACAACCGAUGGCCAAUCAAAGCCACAAUCCUCUCCCUAGCUUCUUAAGCUACAUCAGAGGUUGGCACUUGCAAAUGCAGCCGUGAGUCUGAGUGGAUAAGGUUGAAGCACAGCUUUGAAUGCCUUUGCUCUUAUUUCUUACUCUGUACUGUAUGUGGGGAUAAGUAAAAUAAAGUUGUUGUUGACUUCA